AUGCAGUUGCUCUUUCCCCUGCUGGCCUUUCUUCUACCCCAUGGGGCAGGAGCAGGGGAAAUCAUCGGAGGCCGGGAGGCCAGGCCCCACUCCCACCCUUAUAUGGCUUAUCUUCAAAUCCAAACUCCAAAUGGCUUAAGCACGUGUGGGGGGUUCCUGGUGCGAAAAGACUUUGUGCUGACAGCAGCUCACUGCUUGGGAAGCCCUAUAAACGUCAUCUUGGGGGCCCAUAACAUCCAGACGACAGAAAGGAGCCAGCAGCGAAUCCCUGUGCUCAGAGCCAUUCCCCACCCUCAAUACAAUCCACAGACCAACUUGAAUGAUAUCAUGUUGCUGCAGCUGGGAAAUAGAACCAGACUGAAUAGAUUCAUAAGGCCCGUGGCUCUGCCUCAGACCCGGGCCACGUUGAGGCCUGGCACUUUGUGCACUGCAGCUGGCUGGGGCCUGGUCAGCUUGAACAGGAGAACAAGCCUACUCCAAGAUGUGCGGCUGAGAGUGCAGAGGGAUCAGGAGUGCAGCCGUCGCUUCCGUCGCUACAGUGGCCAACUGCAGAUUUGUGUGGGGAACCCAAGGGAAAGGAAGUCCGUUUUCCUGGGGGACUCUGGAGGCCCCCUUGUAUGCAACAAUGUGGCCCAGGGCAUUGUCUCUUUUGGAAAUCCAAAUGGGACUCCUCCAGCAGUCUUCACCAGGGUCGUCAGCUUCUUGUCCUGGAUAAAGAGAACAAUGAGAUGCUUCAAACAGCCGGAGGAAACUGAGACCCCCUCUUAA